CAGCAAGAAAGAAAAAAUAAAGAGAUAAAUCGAUCAAGAAACCCAACUGUACACGAGCAAGCGAAGAAAGAAAGUGUUCUUGCUGUUCAUUCAGAUUCACAGUAAAUAGCACAGGAGAGUUCAGGGAUUAAACUGGAUUAAAAAAGCGAUACGUGGUGAGUUGUCACCGGGAAAAAAUAACCCAAGAAGCGAAAUCGUACAACAGGUUUCGACUCUUAUAAUGUAAUGCAUCCUCGAAGCUUCACUGCCAUCUCUGUCCUUCUCUCCACUCUGCUGUCAGAUGCUGAAGGCCGAGCGCUGCAGAAACAAUGGGUUGUGCUGCUUCUGUUUGCAUGGGUGGGGGGAGGAAGAAGUUGAGCAUCCCGGAAAUCGCCGUGUUCGUCCCUUCAAUGCGAGUGCCGGUCCAAUCCAAUCUUCAAAGGGCUCUCAAAGGACUAGUUCCAUGGGAUCUCGUCGAUAGGUUAUCGGAGCUGCGGAAUCAGAUUCUUUUACUAGCAGAGGACACUGAUGGAUCAGCCACGAAUGAAUUGAAAGAAGUUCUAGAGGAGUACUUGUCUCUUGUAAUUGGGCUGACAAAGAAAGAACAGAGUCUCAAGGAGUCGGUGGAAUUUAAGUGGAAAAACCUUGGCGAUGGACGGCAAGAAGCCUCCGUGGCAAACUCCUGGUUUGAAUUACUGUCCAUCAUUCACAUGAUGGCCAUGGUGACGCUAUCCCAGGCGAAUUUGCUGAUGAUCCCCAGGGAUCAUUCUGGCUCUGAAGUGAGGACUGUUUCCGCAGACUGCAAGAGGGAUGCUGUCGACUUGUUGUUGAAGGCGUCGGGGUACUUGGAAUUUUGCAUAAGGGAGGUGCUAAUACGCAUCCGACCCGAGUUAAAGGAAAGAUUGCCAAAAGAUUUGCAGGGCGGUGUACUGGAGGCUACAUACAUUCAAGCUCUAGGACAGGGAACUGAAAUUCAACUGGGAUUGGCUGUUGAGAGCCAAAAGGCCAGCUUGUCGGUCAAGAGGAGGUUGGCGUGCGAGCAAUUAACCUAUCUUAGUCAGGCUCAUACCUGCUUGUCCGAGGGUGACCUCAGUCAUGGGUAUGGAAAGAAGCAACUGCUGUUCAUCAAAUGGAAGUACCUCGAAGCAAAGGCUGCCGCUUAUUACUACCAUGGACUAAUCUUUGACAAGGGAAACGAACCGUCCUGUCACAUUAGCGCCGUGUGUUGCUUUCUGGCUGCUGAAGAACUCCUAGCAGAAAGCAAGAAGGCAUGCCUAACCUUUUGCCUUGCGGCUCCUGUCUCUAGGAUCCCUCCGCUCUGGGGCGUAAUGAAGUACUUAUACCAGAAGAUCCCUGAAGUCGCAUCGAGGAAAUCUCAAACAUAUGGAUACCUUUUAGAACAAGAAAAGUCUCUGCAGACGCUGCCUGAUCUGCCGGAGUUUCAGUUAUCUUUGAGACCUGACGACUACGAAUUACCUGAGAUCGAUCCCGCGUGGGACCGUGGAAAGUGGGAGAUCGAAAACCAGACCCUCAAAGAACACCUCAAGGAUUAUGAGGAUGAGGUCGAACCUUGAGGACUAUGCUUGAAUGACUGACUGAAACUGCAGAGUGUUCCUUGCUACUCACAGUCCAUGACAGUUUUAGAGGAGCUGAUAGAUUACUCGAGGAGAGCAACACAUUGCAGCAAGCAAUAGUCUGUUACGAAAAGACCUAUUUCAUGACCGGUCAGAUUGUGAGGAAUCGGCUCAAGUAAUCGCCUCAAGACAGCCCCCUUCAUCAAUUAUAAACCUAUACAUAUACUGAAAAUAGCCAAGACAGUAAUCUGCUUCAGUUUUUGUUUGUUUUGACCGUUCAGUUCGGUUCGGUUUUUGUACUUGGGACAAUGAUAUUAUGUGACACCUUUUGUAUACUCGGGGACUCAUUGACCAUUAACAUGGUCAUGUUACCAGUUUAUGAUACUAAGAAUGGAGCUUGUUGGAUCUUCUCCUUCCUCUUGCCA